AUGGAGCGUUUCGACGAUUCAGAAGCGCAACUCGAACGAGUUGACUCUGAUCAGUUAACGUUAACAAGCUCUGGUUCAGGCAUUUCGUCUAUAUUCAGCGCUGACGAUUUCCGGAACUUGAACGGUUCCGGUGAUGUUUCGUCCAUCAGCAGUGGCUCUGGUGAGAUUCCGGUAUUUACAGUGAAUCGAGUGAUUCUUGCACCGUCGUUAAUCGCUGAGAAGGAUUCCGUUCCGGAACAGGUUUUGGUGACGGCGGUGAGAGAGAAGUGCGUCGGAAGGAGCAACAAGGGAGUGAGUUGGGGAUAUACUUCAGUGAUUGGGAGACGGAAGGAAAUGGAGGACGCUGUAGCUGUUAUUCCGGGACUUUGGUCUCGCAGUUGCGAUCACAUCGGUGGUUGUACGGCUCCCGGCUCUAGAUCCUCCGAUGAGAUCGGACCGAUUCAUUUCUUCGGCGUUUAUGACGGACAUGGCGGCUCUCAGGUUGCUAAAUUUUGUGCUAAACGGAUGCAUGACAUUAUAGCAGAGGAAUGGGACCGAGAAAUAGCAGGUGCUGCUGAAUGGCAGAAAAGAUGGGAAGCCGUAUUUGCUAAUGGCUUUGAGAGGACUGACAGUGAAAUCGAAUCAGAAGCAGUUGCACAAGAAAUGGUUGGAUCUACUGCCUCUGUGGUUGUUCUAUCUGGUUGUCAAAUUAUUACAUCCAACUGUGGCGACUCAAGGGUGGUUCUUUGCCGCAGGACUCAAACUCUCCCGUUGACAGUAGAUCAGAAGCCUGACAGAGAGGACGAACUCUUGAGAAUUGAAGGAGAAGGAGGAAAAGUAAUAAACUGGAAUGGAGCCAGGGUGUUUGGUGUUCUUGCCAUGUCCAGGGCCAUAGGUGAUCGGUACUUGAGACCAUGGAUUAUUCCGGUGCCAGAGAUAACUUUUACAGCAAGAACUGACGAGGAUGAAUGUUUAAUUUUGGCAAGUGACGGACUUUGGGAUGUAAUGACGAAUGAUGAAGUAGGAGAAGUAGCACGCCACAUUCUAAGAAGGCGCCGCAGAUCCUUGUCAACAGAGGAAAUAUCCCCAACACAAGUUGUUGCUGAUAGACUCACUGAAAUUGCGAUUAGUAGAAAUAGUAAAGAUAACAUUUCAGUCAUAGUUAUUGAUCUGAAAUCAAAGAGAAAACGUCUGCAAAGGCCUCCUUCAAUUUCCGAAGAACGCGAUUGA